AUGUGGGAAGAGGAUCCGGAUGAUGUGCCCCAUGGACAUAUAACCUCGCUGGCUGUGAAGCGUUCCCACCGACGCCUCGGCCUGGCUCAGAAGCUGAUGGACCAGGCCUCCCGAGCCAUGAUAGAGAACUUCAAUGCCAAAUACGUCUCCCUGCAUUCUGUGCAGCUCAGCAGUGCCUUGUUCCCCUGCAGUAACCGGGCCGCCCUGCACCUCUAUUCCAACACCCUCAACUUUCAGAUCAGCGAAGUGGAGCCCAAGUACUACGCGGAUGGGGAAGACGCAUACGCUAUGAAGCGGGACCUCACCCAGAUGGCCGAUGAGCUGAGGCGGCACCUGGAGCUGAAGGAGAAGGGCAGGCACGUGGUGCUGGGCUCCAUCGAGAACAAGGUGGAGAGCAGAGGCAACUCACUUCCAAGCUCGGGAGAGGCCUGUCGUGAGGAGAAGGGCCUGGCUGCUGAGGAUAGCGGUGGGGACAGCAAGGAUCUCAGUGAGAGUAAGGAUCUGGAGCAACAGCUGCAGGAGGAGCUGCUGGAGGUGGUGUCGGAGCUUCAGACGGCCAAGAAGACGUACCACGUGUACCACAUGGAGAGCGUGAAUGCCGAGGCCAAGCUCCGGGAAGCCGAGCGGCAGGAGGAGAAGCGGGCGGGUCGGAGUGCCUCCGCCACCACCACCACCACCACCACCACCACCACUGAGGCAGGACCCCUCCGCAAGAGCUCCCUCAAGAAGGGAGGGCGGCUGGUGGAAAAGCGUCAGGCCAAGUUCUUGGAGCACAAACUCAAGUGCACAAAGGCACGCAACGAGUACCUGCUCAGCCUGGCCAGUGUCAAUGCUGCCGUCAGCAACUACUAUUUGCAUGACGUCAUGGACCUCAUGGAUUGCUGUGACACAGGAUUCCACUUAGCCCUGGGGCAGGUGCUCCGGAGCUACGCGGCUGCCGAGAGCCGCACCCAAGUCUCCCAGAUGCAGGGCCUGGGCAGCCUGGAAGAGGCCGUGGAGGCCCUAGAUCCUCCAGGGGACAAGGUCAAGGUGCUGGAGGUGCAUGGAGUUGCCUUCUGUCUCCCACAGCGUUUUGACUACCACCCCCAUGAGGGAGAUGAGGUGGCUGAGAUCCGGCUGGAGAUGGAGCUGCGGGACGAGAUUCUGCCCCGAGCCCAGAAUAUCCAGAGCCGCCUGGACCGACAGACCAUCGAGACAGAGGAGGUGAGCAAGACCCUGAAGGCCACACUGCAGGCCCUGCUGGAGGUGGUGGCGUCGGAAGACGGGGAUGUGCUUGACUCCCUCCAAGCCAGCCCCUCCACCCCCUCCACCGAGUCCCUCAAGUCCACCAGCUCGGAUCCAGGCACCCGGCAGGCUGGCCGGAGGCGGGGCCAGCAGCAGGAGACGGAGACCUUCUACAUCAUGAAGCUCCAGGAGUACCUGAGUGGACGAAGCAUCCUUGCCAAGCUGCAGGCCAAGCAUGAGAAACUGCAGGAGGCCAUUCAGCGAGGUGACAAAGAGGAGCGGGAGGUGUCUUGGACCCAGUACACACAGAGAAAACAGCAGAAGAGCCGCCACCCCCGCCCCAGCUCCCAGUAUAACCAGAAACUCUUCGGGGGAGACAUGGAGAAGUUUAUCCAGAGCUCAGGCCAGCCCGUGCCCCUGGUGGUGGAGAGCUGUGUCCGCUUCAUUAACCUGAAUGGCCUGCAGCACGAGGGCAUCUUCCGGGUGUCAGGCGCCCAGCCCCGGGUCUCAGAGAUCCGUGACGCUUUCGAGAGAGGGGAGGACCCGCUGGUGGAGGGCUGUACAGCUCACGACCUGGACUCAGUGGCAGGGGUGCUGAAGCUCUACUUCCGGAGCCUGGAUCCCCCGCUCUUCCCACCGGACCUGUUCCGAGAGCUGCUGGCCUCUGCAGAGUUGGAGGCUGUGGCCGAGCGGGUGGAGCGCGUUGGCCGUCUCCUGGCCCAGCUGCCCGCACCAGUGCUGGUCGUCCUGCGCUACCUCUUCACCUUCCUCAACCACCUGGCUCAGUACAGCGACGAGAACAUGAUGGACCCCUACAACCUGGCCGUGUGCUUCGGGCCGACACUGCUGCCCGUGCCCGCUGGGCAGGACCCCGUGGCCUUGCAGGGCCGGGUGAACCAGCUGGUGCAGACUCUCAUCGUGCAGCCCUCCCGGGUUUUCCCACCGCUGACCCUGCUGCCCGGCCCCAUCUACGAGAAGUGCAUGGCACCGCCCUCCUCCAGCUGCCUAGGGGAUGCCCAGCUGGAGGGCCUGGUCGGGGAGAACGAGCCGGAGCUGGAAGCUGGGACCCUGGCCCAGGAGGAUGACCUGGAGGGGGUCGUGGAGGCCGUGGCCUGCUUUGCCUACACGGGCCGCACAGCCCAGGAGUUGAGCUUUCAGCGCGGGGACGUGCUGCGGCUGCACGAACGGGCCUCGGGCGACUGGUGGCGGGGCGAGUGCUCAGGCGCCCGGGGACUCAUCCCGCACAAGUACAUCACGCUGCCCGAGGGUGCAGAGAAGGUGGGCCAGGGGCCACAGGCGAGCAGUCCCGAGGUCCUCCUGGCCAUGGAAUUCGUCCAUCGGCCAGAGCCAUGCAUCCCACCUGAGGCCCCUCUGGGCACACCCGGGGGCCCCUCUGGGCACAGACGGCACUGCUUGGUCCCCACCUCCCCGGAGCGGUAUGUGGAGGUAGACAAGGCCGUGGCACAGACCAUGGACUCCGUGUUUAAGGAGCUCUUGGGAAAGACCUCCGCCCGCCAAGGCCUCGGGCCAGCGUCCACCAGCUCCCCCAGCCCCGGGCCCUACAGCCUAAAGCCUCCAGCCUGCGGCCGCCUCGGCAAGAACAGAGGCUUCUCCCGGGGCUCCGGGGCCCUGGCGUCCCCCUCGGCGUCCCCCUCGGCGUCCCCCUCGGCGUCCCAUCCCCAGAGCCUGGACUGGCCCCUUAAGCACUGAGGCUCUGCGGCUGCCCUGCAGGCCCCGCCCCGCCCCAGGUGGCCACCCUUGGCUUCUCCCUGGCCCCGUGCAGCCAGCGCUGGGCUCCUGCCCUCGCCCCCUUCGCAGAGGAAGACACAGCUGCCUGCCCCACAGCCCUGGCUGUGGCCCCCUUGGGAGGCAGCUGCGGAGGGAGGCUGGGGGCA